AUGAAGCCGUUUCUUCUGGGCCUUUUGAAGUGCAAGAGAUGCUCGUUCAUGACGAAGCUGAUUCUGGAGUGCGAGAAGGCAGAAAGCAACGAUGUGGAUACUGAUGAUGUGAAGAUCUUCAACAAACAUAUGUUCACAGAGAAUGGCGGAGAGAGGCUCAAGUCACUUGUCAAUAGCCUCAGAGACUUCCAUGGCAGAGAGCUGUCUGAGCAGGACAUCAGCUCCUUUGUCGAGAACCCUGGCGAUGACGAGAAGAUAAAGGAGUUUUUGUUUGGAAUUGAUGUUGUGGAAGGAAGCUUGCGCUGCGACAUGUGUGGCCUUAUAUACCCGAUCAAGGGUUCGAUUGUGGAGACUGUGGAUACCGUGGAGUCGAAGUAA